UCUGUCCGCCGGGGAGUUGUCUAGUUUGGGGUUGGAGGCGCUCAUCGCUUUGGAUAUAGAGCUUGAAGGAAGUUCAAGGCGUUGCUUUCAUUUGCUCCUCGACCUUUGCGACACACAUAUUGUUAAACGUGUUCUCGUUCUUCAAGCCGCAAAUCUCCUAUUACUACUACUGUGCAUCCGCCUUAUCUCCCGUCAAUAUAAUUAUAUAGUCUCUCACUACUAUCAUAUACAACAUUAUGUCUGCAGAUCUCUUUGCGGAGUUCGGUAUGGGGGCUGCUCCGCCUCCAUCCCAGAGAGGUUCAAGCCAGCAGUCCGCCGGGUUCCAGUCGACCUCUUUAAUCCCUGACUUGGAUGCAUUUGAAGAAUCUUUCACCGGUCCUUCAUCCAUCCCGAACAAAAAAGCAACGAAAUCGCUUCAAUUCGACGACAGCUGGGACGACUCAGCUUUCAAGGCGCCUAGUACAUCAGGGCUGACCCAAUACGGACCCGGAAAUGAUGUCUUAUUUGACGCCACCCUUGAAAGUGUUCCGGAUGAUGAAAGCGAUGACUGGGGCGAAUUCGAGAGUGCAGACGUGCCUGCUACUAAACCACCAGCAAAUGCCGGGUUACAGUCUCACAAGGUCAUGAAGGAACCUAAGCCCACGCCAGUUGCGAAACAGCCGGCGCCUUCCAACUUAUUAGAUUCAUUGUCAUUAAGUGAUGAUAUACCACCAUCCUCUAAGCGAAAGCCCGCUGCGAAACGGAUGGUACCUGAAGCACGCAAAAAGGAAUUGCCAAGUCUCAAACCGGCUCUUUCUACCCAGGAAGACCCUUUCGAGGAUUGGGGCGACUUUGUUGACGGUCCGCCUACAGUUCCCAGUCAAACAGGCACCUCAGGUGCUACAGCCUCAGUAACCCGGGCGCCUCGCAAGGAAGUGCAGCCUCCGAACUCUACGGUUGGUCCAUCGAAAACAACAAGCUCUUUCCCAACAUCUAGUCAUCCUACAACAGCCGAUCAAGUUCGUCCGACCAAUAUACCUCCGCCAUCUGUUUUGCUUGAGCUAUUUCCUCGGUUACUGGAUGAACUUCGGCAAGAUGCCACCAAAGCAAGAAAGGAAAUGCAACAAAAGGAACAACUUGAGAAAACUGCAACUCUGAUCAUCUACACUCUAAAAACCGCCGCGCGGGUUGUUGCCGGCCGAAGCCUACGGUGGAAGCGGGACUCCAUACUGAGUCAGAGCAUGAGGAUUGGCCCGGCUCGUUCAGGGAAGUCGGGAGGUAUGAAGCUCAACACAGUGAACAAGAACGAAGAUAUCAAAGAAAAGCAACAAGCUGUUGAUGUACUUUCCAUGUGGCGCGACCGGACUGCAAUCUUCAACUCCGUUGUACAAGCCACCAAACGACAACCAGUUCAGGUCAUACAGGAGAAUACUCGGGUAACGACACUUCCUGCUAGUCAGGGGGCUUUGAAGGCGCCUCACGCUUGUGCUCUAUGUGGCCUAAAACGAGAUGAAAGGCUGCCCAAAGUUGACGAACAAGUCGAGGAUAGUUUCGGGGAAUGGUGGACGGACCACUGGGGUCAUACCGACUGCAGGCAUUUCUGGGAGAGAAACAGGGGUCUACUCGGACAAAGGUAGACAGGACUUCGUACGCGCAAUCAGCCGCACAAACGUCAGCUGACAUGACGGACCACUUAUACUUCCGGUGUUGAGCCAAACGCAGUUCUUGGCCAAGGCUAAUAGUAGCUACACGGAUGGACUCCUUCAAAAGUACGGAAGCUGCUGCUACCAUUGGAGGGACCGGUGUCGUUGUGCUGGUAAUGACUGGGUCAUUUUCCAGAUUCUGGACUUCUGCUGUAAAUACUGGGACAAGG